AUGGCAUCAGGAACUACUAUUAAUUUUACUGUCUCUACAGUAGAGAGUAAUUGGGUAACAACAGACAAAGUUAUGAAUGAAGGUCCAGUGUACUUACCAGAUGCCGACCACUCUACCAAUCAUAUUACCUUUAUCUGUAUAAUAGUGUUUAUCAUGAUAGCUAUAGUAACUAUCGUUUCUGUUAUCAGUAUUUUGGAAACAAAACCCAAGUUCAUUCCACCCCGUCUGCAACUAAGACGCCCGACAAUAAGACGGCGUAGGUCCAUAUGGUAUGUUGAACGGUAUCCUGAAGAUUCUUUCUCGGCGUAA